AUGGAGGGUUCCACAGAUGCCCAUAGUGGAACGCACGAAAUAGGCAUCAUUCGUGCGGCCACUGGCGACUAUGAUCCAAAGCGGCAGCUAUUCGCAGAUGAGGUGUUGAAGAAGGAGUGGGCAAGCUUCUACGACUUGAUUCCAAGCUCAGAUGCUCCUUUCCUCCAUGCAACAGACGGACGAAGACCGUUGAGCCUGAAGGAGCUGAAAGAGUUCAUCACCAGUGACCAGGUCGAAGUCCUUGGGCUUGGUCGCGAGGACAGACUUUGCACAGCCAUACCCAAUGGCCCUGAAGCAGCUGUCUGCUUCUUGGCCUUUGCUCUGAGAUGUACUUUUGCGCCGCUCAACAUCGGUCUCAGUCGUGACGAGUUUGAGUUCGAGUUCAUCGACCUUCCAGCCAAGGCGCUGGUGGUCCAUGCCAAGGACGGCCUCAGUGAAGACGACCAGAAAAACACAGGCAAUGCAGUAAGUGUUGCGCGGAAAUGCAAGGUAGAGAAACUGCUGGAGCUGACACCUUCGAAGGAAGUGGCCGGCUUGUUCCAGCUGAGCAAGCAUGCAGCUGGGAAGCCCUUGAAGGGCGAUGCGCUUGGCAACCCAAUUGCAUCGGUGAAGCGUGACAACCUUGCUCUUGUGUUGCAUACUUCUGGUACGACCAAGAAGCCGAAGAUCGUGCCACUGACGCAUGCGAACAUUGCCAGCGGUGCAAUGUGCAUCGCGUCCACGGUGGAGCUGAAGCCUGAGCACAUUUGCCUGAAUACCAUGCCGCUCUUUCACAUUCAUGGCCUCAUUGUUAAUGUCCUGGCUUCUGCCGUUGCGGGAUCUCAGGUAGUUUGCCUGCCUGGUGUCUUCCAGGUGCAGAACUUUCAUGCGGCCUUGGUCUCACAGCCAGAACCAAACUGGUACUCAGCGGUUCCCACAAUGCAUCUUCAGAUUCUUCAGUUUGCAGAAGAGGUCGCGAAAGAGAAGGGAAAGCCGCCGGAGAACAAGCUCCAGCUAAUCAGAAACUGUUCUGCCGCCUUGGUCCCGACAGUCGCAGCAGCCAUGGAAGAAGUGCUGAAGGUGUCUGUGAUGCCCACCUAUGCCAUGACCGAGUCCAUGCCCAUCGCCUCCAACCCUCGAUACGGGAAGCGCAAGCUUCGCUCCGUGGGGAUGCAGGCCGGACCCAACUUGGGCAUCAUGAACGGACACCCGGAUACCACGUUCAUGAAGGUCGGCGAAGAGGGCGAGGUGGUUGUGAAAGGUGGUCCCGUGACAAGUGGAUAUGAGUUCAGAGAACACAUGGAUGCUAAUCCCAACGUCGAAGCUUUCGGCGAGGGAUGGUUAAGGACAGGUGACAAAGGUUGGCUUGAUGCUGAUGGUUACCUGUACUUGAGUGGCCGCUUCAAGGAGAUUAUCAACAGGGCCGGCGAGAAAAUUUCGCCUUUCGAGGUGGAAGAUGCAAUGCGUUCCAACGAUGCGCCGGGGGCGAAGAGAAAAGAUUGUGUAACAAUCAACACUCAAGUCAGCUGCUUUCACAAGCUCUUUUUCGGAGCUCUAGCCGGAGAUCUUGGGUCAACGCGGUCAAUACGUCGCUUCAGGGUCAAUCGUCCUGAUAUACCAACUUUUCAAUCUUUGUCUCCCUCCCCCCCUCAAGAAGGUGAAAUAAAUCGGAGAGAGUUCUCUUUCGGCACUCUUUGA